UACGAAAAAGAAUCUGGUUAGUUUCACGCUUGUGUAGCCGCCAUUUCUAUUUAGAGGCAUUUUGACUGGCAUUGAUGUACCACCCCAAUAAUCCUCCGAUGUAGCGGAAUUUGUGUAAUCAGUGUAUGUGUAUUGUGCAAACUUGCUAAUGAGGAUCUUUAACAUUAGGUGAUCAGUUUUAUUUUAUAUGCAGAGAGCAUACUCUUAGUGUGAAUAUACGUUCAGAACAACAGUGAAAAAUAUGGAAGACGGACAAAGAAUGUAUUCACAACAAGGGGGACUGACUAACAUGUCUGGGAACGUGCUGCCCCAGUACAAUAUGGGACAGGACGAACCGUCCGAUCAGAGAAAACAGGAGAUUGGGGAUAUCCUCCAACAAAUUAUGACAAUUACAGACCAAAGUUUGGACGAAGCCCAAGCAAGGUGCCGGAAGCACACAUUGAAUUGUCAUCGAAUGAAACCAGCAUUAUUUAGUGUAUUGUGUGAAAUCAAAGAAAAGACGGUGCUUAGUAUAAGAAAUUCACAAGAAGAAGAGCCUCCAGACCCUCAGCUGAUGCGAUUGGACAACAUGUUAAUCGCUGAAGGUGUGGCAGGCCCAGAGAAAGGCGGAGGGUCGUCUGCCGCCGCGAACGCCACAGCUGCCGCUUCUGGGGGUCAGCCCGACAGUGCCAUAGAACACUCCGACUACCGUGCCAAACUGGCCCAGAUCAGACAAAUUUAUCACACAGAACUAGAGAAAUAUGAACAGAGCGAUGGUUCAGAAAUCAAAAACUCGGACUAUGAAGCUAAACUGGCCCAGAUUCGACAAGUCUACCAAACGGAAUAUGGGAAAUAUGAACAGGCAUGUAGUGAGUUCACAACUCAUGUUGUUAACCUACUGAGAGAGCAGAGCCGCACUCGUCCCAUAGCCCCCAAAGAAAUAGAGAGAAUGGUCACUAUUAUACGCAAGAAGUUUGCAGCCAUCGAGAUGCAGCUUAAACAAAGCACAUGCGAAGCAGUCAUGAUUUUGAGAUCUAGAUUCCUUGAUGCAAGGAGGAAGAGGCGAAACUUCAGCAAACAAGCCACAGAACUGCUGAACGAGUACUUCUACUCCCACCUCAGUAACCCCUACCCCAGCGAGGAGGCCAAGGAGGAGCUGGCCCGUAAAUGUGGAAUCACAGUCUCACAGGUUUCUAAUUGGUUUGGUAACAAAAGAAUUCGAUACAAGAAGAACAUAAAUAAGGCACAAGAGGAAGCCAACAUGUACGCGGCCAAAACGGCAGCCGCGGCUGCUGCUAACAUUGGCCCUGAGGGAGGAGCGGCCGGUUACAAUGUGGGCGGGGGACAGGCAGGGAUGUACAUGAACCUUAACGGCGGUGACAACUACCAGAGUAGUGAUAAUUCGGUAGGAGACAAUGUCCAAAAUCAGGUGAAUGCAUUGAGGCAUGUCAUUUCACAGUCUGGUGGUUAUAGUAGCGACAGCAUGCACAGUACGCCAGCCUCCAUGUAUGAACAACAUAUGAACCAACAGCUACAGUGAAGCCCAAGGCUCUUGUUCUAGGAGAUGCCGGCCAUGAAAUCUCAUCAUAAAUUUGUAGUUGCCUUGAUUACAGUGUUAAAAGUCGAAUCUCACUGGAAUUUUGUGUGCCAUGGAAACGAGCUUCUUAAAAAAAGCUCAUUAUAUCCAAAUCAAUAUACUUUCCCCAAGAAGAAUCUUGUUCUAUCUCCAAAGAAAAAAAAAAUGAAAAUAAUUAAAAACACAGAAUGAGAACCCCAAACCAGGGUAAACUUUCUGUUUAGAUUGAAAGAGACGAGAAUAGAUUUUAGGGAAAUAGUGGUAUUUCACUUUCAUACAUUGAUCAGCAGGGACUUUUAUUAAAUGCUGAAAUUAUUUGUCAUAUCAAUCUUAGUGCUCUAUUAAAUAAAAACAAAAUUAAGACAAAUUUUGUAAAUUAUUCUUAUCACUGAACAUUGUAUGUACCAUUUUAUAUUUAAUUGUCAUUGUUAUCUUAAAGUUACAGUUCAACAAGAUGUUAAUCUCUCCAUUGUUGUUGUAUACUAGAAAUCAUUUAAAUGUGUGGUUGUAAAAAAUAUUUUUGAUUUAGAAAGACAUUUUUAUUUUGCGUUCCGCAUAUUUUUUUCUUUUUUUUUUUUGCUGUGAGGAAGUGCUAUGUUUUAAGUGUCAAUAUCAAAACACUUAUUAGAUCAAUUAUUAUUUUGUUGAUAAUCCCCAUUUUAAGCAUAAUUUUUAAGGCAAUCCUUUUUAAAAGGUUUGAUAGAAUCAAACUAUGAAAAAUAUUAAUCAAAUGUUGUCCAUAUCAUGAUGGAAAUCAUAUGAAAUAGAUUUUAGUCUUUGUCAUUGUAAAGGUACCAUGAUAUAUAUAAAAAAUUAUAUAUGUACAAUAUGCAUUAAAUAAAUGCUGACAUCCAAA